AGGAGGAGAUAUUAACAAAAGCAAAUUGUUUGUGACGUCACGAGAGUCUAGUUCAGGGAGAGAGAGAGAAAAAAAAGGUAUUCAUUGAAAGCAGUAUUAGUUGGUUGGGCUGUUUGAAUUUUUUUCUCCCUCAUGUCGAUGGCAACAGCAGGGAUUUCUGUAUAGUGACCUGGGAGGAAGGAAGAGCUUAGCAUCCAGCGGACACCGUGUGCUUCUCACAUCAGAGGAUGAAGAAAAUCAUUUUCAGCUGUGAAACAACCUGCAAAUUGUUGUGAACCCAGAGGAGGCUACGAGCUGCGCAGCCUGUAUUUGCCCUGAGUCACCCACUUGUUCCCCGGGAGGUCACUGAGCCCGUUAUAGUAAUAGCAUUAGCCAGGGGGGCUGGGUGCCUUGUUGCCUUGCACCCAUAGCCAAGCUGGCCCCUGCUUAUCUGAAGUAGGUGAGUGGGUUGCCCACUCCUGAUCUGCCCCUUUCUCUGUUCAUUUUGUGCUUUUCCACCCAGCCCCAUUUUACCAAUGGAUACAUCAUCCACUUCAACCUUUGAUUCAGAGGAUGGCACACCAAAUUAUAAACGGAAGAGGACUGUGGAAGACUUUAACAAGUUCUGCACCUUUGUGUUGGCGUAUGCCGGGUAUAUUCCAUACCCCGAAGAGGAACUUCCAAUGAUGGCAAGUGCAAGCCCACUCAAUAGCACAGGUAGCACUGUUGACAGCGAUAGCUGUGACUCCAGAUACCAUGAUCUAUCAACUGGAGUGCUACCAAUCAAAAAGCGAAAGGGUUUUGUCGAUCUAAAAAAUGAAAGGUCAUUUCCCACAAUGUUGAAGUGCUCGAAAGUGAGCAACUUUCUACUGGACAGAAAAAAAAUGGACAAAAUUAAGAGGAAGAAAAAGCUUAAGAAAAAGGGACAGGAGUCAUUGAAGCAGGAGUACCUACAGGCUUUGAUUAAAUUAGAGCCAGAAGAUUCUUUUUCAGAGCCCAGCACUCCUGUUGAACACCUUCCCUUGGAUAUCAAGAUCUCUCCACAGUUUCCCCCAGAUGUGCUGCAGACGUCCAUGCUGGAGGGUUCAAAUAAUAGUAUGGACAGUGACUCUGUUAUGACUUCUGAUGAUAGAGAUGAGAAAAACACAGAGUACACUACCAUAAACCUGGGCAAAAGAACAGUCAUACGACAAGGAAAGCAAGUGGUGUUCAGAGAUGAAGACAGCACAGGCAAUGAUGAAGACAUUAUGGUGGAUUCAGAUGACGACUCUUGGAAUCUGGUCACAUGCUUCUGCAUGAAGCCAUUUGCUGGACGACCAAUGAUAGAGUGCAAUGAAUGCAACACCUGGAUCCAUCUAUCUUGUGCCAAAAUCCGCAAAUCUAACGUUCCUGAGAUCUACAUAUGCCAAAAGUGCAGAGACACCAAAUUUGACAUCCGGCGAUCAAAUCGCUCCCGCAUGGGCUGCAGGAAAUUAUUUUUAGACUAAGUUGAAAACUGGACUGGGGAAGGAAAAAAAAAAAGUCUGGACAUCGUAUGCAAAAGCACAUUGCUCAACAGAUGUUUAUAGAAGAUACUCUUCAAAUGAGCAACACUAUGAAGACAUUUUAUGUUAAACUUGGGCACACAUUUAUAAAGAUUGGUUAGAAUGUAUUUUUACAUCUCAGUUGGACAAUAGUUUGAGUUCAUAAUUGGUUAGCAGAAACUUAAAUCCAUGUUUAUGGAAUAGGUCAGCAGGUACUGCCAGUAUAUUGUCAACAGAAGUUCAAUCCCAACAGAUCUACAUUCAAUAUGACAGUUUCAUGCUGAUUAUAAAUAAAUGUUUAUUUUCCAUUUGGAAUGUUAUAUUACAGUGGCACUGUGUACAAUAAUAAAGUUGAUAGCAUAUAAAA